AUGGCGUUGUUUUCAACUCGGAUUAUCGGUCCCUCUGAAUGGGAAAGAGAAUAUGCACCAUCGGAUGCCGUGUUGAAGGUGCCAUUCGUCAGAGCCGUGGACAAAGAAGGCCGAAUCAUAAUCAACAUCCGCGAUGUCUAUCUUGACAUAGACCAAGUGCUAAGUCACCACUUGGCCUCUCUGUCCGUCUACGCUGAUGUCCUCGCAUUCAGGGAAGAAAUGACCACCCUAAACGUGCCAAAGCUCGGGAAAGUGUUUUUAUACACUCGGCUUCUGGCCACAUCGGGAAGCACCCAUCUUGUCUUUCCCAGGGAGGAAUGUGCGGUCUACAUCCAUGCAUCCGAAGUCGACGGUCACAUUACCUUUUCUCUCGCAGAUUCCGACACGCCUGCGAUUGCCUUGUCACUGGCCUCGCAUGUCGCUUUGGUGACGGCUCCAAACACGACAGGGCCGGGAUCACUGCUCAACAUUCAAGCUGUAGCGCUUGGGCGACAAUUGGCGGCGGAGGCCAUGACAGGGCCGAAUAUGCACUAUCUUCCUGUUCUUUCGGUGGAUUCUUACCUGGAAAAAUUGCGAGCCUCUAUCGAUGCAGCAGCUGCUUUCGAGACGCAGUACGACUGUUUCCAGGAUAAGUCGCAGUUAGAGGGUGAUCUACACAACGCCGGCGAGCAGAUGCUGGAGCAGGCCAGGGAACGAUCCAAGACGACAUUUCGAGCGGACAGAUUCGUGCUCCAGAAUGCUGCGAAUGACCUGGAGAGAGGCGUUCAAAAGUGGAAAGAGGAGGAAGGCUUGAAGGCAGCAUUCAUCAUUAUCAUCGCAAUCAUCACCUUUGGAGUUGCCAUCGCGGAGAUCGCCUUAGGCGACCUAGAAGCAGCGGCCAGUAUUCCUGGAGACAUCAAGACGACUGAGAAAGUCAUUGAGGAUGUUAAAAAAGUCAAGGAGGUGUUGCAAUCGCAAACCAUGAAGAACUUGAGGGACUGCGCCAAAGCGCUGUACAAUCUCUACACCCCCAUGGCGACGUCCAUCGAGACUCUUAAAAGCCUUGACUGGAGCUCCAAGCUUGAUCUGCCAACCACAGAACAGGUAUCUGGCGCCGAUGGCGAUUCUGCUGCUAUCCAGUCGCUUGCCUCAUGGGAUAAAUGGGGACUUCAAGCAGACGCCCAGAUGGAAUUCCCCGUGUCUCAUGGUAUUGAGGGUGCUGAUGCAUACCAGCUGGCUCUUCGAAAACAUGCGAUUAAUGAGAAGCAACUCGCCCAGACUCAAGCCGAAGCCAUAAAGGCAGGACAGGGCUAUAUUCAAGCCAAGUUGGAACAACAUCUCGCCAGACAAGAUAUUGAGAGCCUGACUCAACUGGUUCAGAAUCUUACAUCUGAGAAGAACGCAUAUGAGAAGGCGCAGGCCAGGUUCUUUGAUCGCUAUCUGGCAUUGCGUACGACCAUCGCCAUCGGUAUGCAGAACCUGAUCUGGGCAGAGAAGUACAUAACGCUGUCCAACGGCGGCGUCGUCGUGGAUCCCCUCAAGACCGUAGCCGAUUACAAGGCAGAUCUUUCUCAGAUCGAAGAGGAAAUCCAGAAUGCCAAAUCCAAUUAUUCCAGUGGUUUACAGACGUUUGACUACGAAACCCCUCCCAACCCACUUCCACUUCAUUGUCUCUCAGACAUGGUCCAGUCUCUGAGAAUGAACACUCCGCCAGUCGGCUCCCCCAUCCGUCCCCACUCCGCCACCUUCACCCUCAUGCCUCGCGUAUCCAAAAAUGAUAAUAUGUCUGGUCCCUUCACAGAUGGUUCCCACUUCCGAGUCAGUGGUCUAGAUGUAGCAUUGAUCGGGGUGAGACCCAAAGUUUUGGGGGACUUGGUGGUUUCUCUGGAGAUCUCGACAUCCGGGACAUACGCCGAUAUGCAAGACGGCCAUGUGUACAAUUUCACGACUUUGCCGCUUCAUCGAGAAUUCCGAUAUCGUGUGGGAACUGACGGGAAGAAGCAUGUAGAGGUCACCGCGAUUGACACAUCCAAUGAGUACGCGUUACCGACGCCUUUCACGCAAUGGACUAUCCAGGUGGUAAAUGCAGAUGACCUGGAUUUCAGCGGGCUCGAGGAGGUCAGGAUUGAUUGGCAUGGAAAACUCCGGUUUUAG